AUGACUAUGAAUACCGGAGGGUUUUCCUCUAUGCAAAAGCAACUCGAAGCAGAAUUGCGUUCAUUGUCUUCCGAAUCUAAAAGAAGAAAUUCAACGAUUCGCCAUGCUAGUGAUAAAUCUGUCGAGAUCUUAAAGAGGGUACACAGCUUCGAGGAGUUGGAAAGGCAUCCAGAUUUUGUGCUGCCUUUUGUGUUGGCUUGCCAGUCAAGAAAUGCCAAAAUGACGACCCUGGCCAUGCAAUGCUUACAGGGACUGUCGACCGUUCCAUCCAUUCCUAGAGGCCGGCUGUCUGAAAUACUAGAUGCCUUCAUUGAGGCUACCCAUCUGGCUAUGGAGAUUCAAUUAAAGGUUUUACAGGUGGUGCCAAUUUUUUUCAAGACAUACGGGAAAUUCAUCUAUGGCCCGCUUUGUAAGAAGUUGUUGUUGUGUUGCUCAAAUCUGCUACACGUACCUAAUAAAGCACCUGUUGUAGUGGGUACUGCAAGUGCCACUCUACAACAGUUGAUUGAUGAAAUAUUUGAUAGGCUUGCCAUGGACUCUGUCGUAGACGACAAACAGUUCGAAGUUCUCAUAAGUAACAAUGAAACGACUAAAGUUAACGUCUAUAGACACGAUGCCAACAAACUGUUCGAUAAUAUCUGUUCAUUAAACGAAUUAAACACAAGCGGGUCGGCCAAUGACGAUAGUAUGCUAUUGGACAUUGGGGACAUUCCUAUAGACUAUGGCUUAGAAAUUCUCGAGUCCAUUUUAAAGAAUAGUCAGAAGAUUCUUUUAGGAUGCGGAGACUUACAAUACCUACUAAGGGUCAAAGCCAUUCCUUUGCUACUGCGUUGCAUAUCGUCUUCCAAACAUUUUUCCACCGCUGUAAGGAGUUGCCGUUGUUUGAAGCUGUUGAUUAAGAAGGAGUAUCUAAGUGUACUCGAGCUAGAACUAGAGGUCAUUUUGUCGUUACUCAUCCACGGGAUAUCUAUUGAAUCUAACUUAUCCGCCUGGCAAAGGGUUCUCUCGCUCGAACUAUUCAAUGAUUUAUCUCAAGACACCGAAAUCGUCAAUACACUUUACAUGGACUAUGAUAAUUACCCAGAUAAGAAACACGUUUUCAAAUAUCUUUUGAAAGAAUGUAUUGAUCUACUGAAUUCACCAGAGUACAUCACUUUCCUGGCUCCAUCAACAAUAGUAGAGAAAAUGGAUUCUCCCUUGAUAACUACUGAGAAUUCCACUGUGAAAACAAAAUUUAUGCAUCUAUUGGACAAAUCAAACGCCCCGUCCAUCAAUACCAUCUAUGUUGUAUCUCUGAUACUAGCAAUCUGCAAUCACCUAUGUGAAGGGUUGAGCAAGUCUGCUCUGGAAAGCUCUUCCCCUGAGAAGAAAACAGGAGACAAAGAUCGUGAAAUGGGGUUCGAAGAUGAUUCGACCAUCGCAAAGGUUUAUAGCGGUCUAUAUUCUGGCCUAUUUGAGAUAAACAAGCUGUUCUUAUAUUCGACUUCCUUAGAAGCAUCGAUAUUUCACUCGGUGGUGAGGGCUUUUCAAAAAUUAGCUCACAGUGCUGGCGUUCUGUCCCUAGAGGACAAACUAAGAGCCUGCAUGAAGUUAUUUUCAAUUCUAAUAGCAAAUAAUGUAAGUUCAUUGCACCAAAUUUCUCCAAACGAUAUUAAUAAAUCAAUCAGAGGUCAGCAUGUAAGAAAUGUAUCAGGGCCUAAUAUCGUGAACAAUUCCGGUGAAACGAUGAAAGACUUUAGCAAAGAAACUGCAGAUUCUACAAAGGAUAAAGAAAUAAAAAGGCGAUUGCACCCUAGAAAUAUUAAUUCAAGGCAGGUCAGUUUACUCAGAGCACUUAUAUCAUUGUCGAUAUCGCUAGGUCCUAUUUUCGAUUCAGAUAGCUGGAAGUACACAUUUCUAACCUGGCAAUGGAUAUCAUACUACAUAUACGGACCAUCAGCUGAUUUCAAGGAAAGUUUUUACUCGGAAGAUAUUCCACCACCUCCAAUGUUGACUAAAUCAGACGUCACAUCGAUUGAAAGCUCUUUAACAAAAUUUUUUGAAAGUACGAGCAAUUAUUCCUGUUCAACCUUUCACUUAGUAUUGACGAGAUUAAUUUUGGACUCAAAGAAUACACUCACUUUGGAACAAACUAAUCUCAACCUAGACAAUGAUAUUGGUUACCACCCUCUAGGUGCAAACAAUGAAAUUAUGCCAUGCAUCUACAACAAGGCCUUUUUCGUUAACAAAAUUGGUGAACUGGCAACCUACAAUUGCAGAAAAUUCCUUGGUGGAAAAAACGGCAAGGAACUUUGGAAUUUACUUUCCACUUACAUGAUUAAAUUAAUAUCGAAUCGUGAAAUAGAUAACGACUCAUUGCGCCUAUAUAGCGUUAGGGUGUUUACAGACAUCAUCAAAAAGGCCACAAAUGAAGUUGGUAACUCUGACGAACAAGAGAAUAAGGUUAAACAGUUUGGCACAUUAGAAAACUUAAUUAUCGAUAGUUUGAUGGCAACAAUUAACUCAAUAAAACAGUUGGACGUCGGUAAGCUAGAAAUUUAUAAUGGAACAAUAAACGUGGAAUCUGACAUCCUUUUUCAGCUUCUGUUGACUUUGAAAGAAAUUUUAAAUGAGUUCGGUGAACUUUUAAUGAACUCUUGGAAAAAUAUUUUUAAUAUUAUCAACUCACCCUUCGAGUGGACAGUCGAGGAUGCAGAUUUAUCCAUGAAUGAAGACAUAGAUGAUUCGUCUUUAUUUGAAGGUAUCGUUCAAAAGCAUAAGAAUAUGAUUCAAGUAUCUUACGACGUGUUUAAACUAAUUUCUGACGAUUUCUUACAGAGUUUACCAAUGAAUGUUAUUAAAUGUGUUAUUGAUACGCUUGUCAAUUUCGUAACUCAAAAGAGGAACUUGAAUAUUUCCUUCUCUUCUAUUAGUCAGUUUUGGUUGGUUGGAGAUUACCUUAGAGUCCGUUUUAAUCCCGAUACAUUAGAUUCAGAUGAUGAGAAACGCAAAAGUUUCUCCGAAAAGAUCAAUGAUCAAAAACUUAUUGAAAUUAUUACGUCCGAUUCAUCUCAUAAUUGGGAGCUUUACAACGGACUAUGGAUAUACCUUUUGAAGAAUUUAAUCAAUUGUACCAAUGAUGAAAGAAUAGAAGUCAAAAAUGGUGCUGUUCAAACUUUUUUCAGAAUCAUUGACUCCCAUUCUGUCUGUUUCCCCCCAUGGGAUUUGAUCUUUUUGGAAGUUAUUAAACCACUGCUAACCAAGGAAUGGUCGAACGAAGAACUCGAAAAUGAAACGGAUUUCAUAAAUAUAACGUUGCAGGGCUUGAUUAAACUUUAUCCAGAACGCUUCAAGGAUUUUGAAAACAACACUACCUGUGCUAAGGAAUGGUCUCUGUUAUUAAAUUUUUUAAAGAAAUUGUUAUUAUCAACUUCCAAUAACACCAAGCAUGCUGUAAUAUUGAAUUAUCAAAUACUUCUGAAAGAAAUCAUCAAUAUUGAGAACGUUCCAUCUGAUAUAUUGAAAAACUGCUGCGAAAUAUUCACUGAAUAUAAUAUCACGUACAGCGACCUUUCCAUCAACGCUUCUAAAAGAACUGAAUAUGACUGUUUAUACGAACUAAUCACCGGGUUUCCGUCUCUCUACCAACUGAUUUCCAAAUACGAUGCGAUGACAGAUGAAAUUGUGGAAAAAGUUCUUCUUUUAUUCAAUUCUGCCAUAAAGUAUCCUCUCUUACCUGAGUUCGCCCAGGAUAAAACGAAACCUUCCUCUUUGCAAAAUGCUAUACUGUCUGGGCUUGACAUCUUUACGACAAAAGAUUCUAAAGAUACCGAAAUUUUGGUUCUUCUUCAGUUAAGCACAAUAUCGAUAUUAGCUUUUGAUACGAGGGAAAAGAUAACGAAAAAGCUUGGACCGAAGUUGCCGAAAUCGUCACUUAAUAGGCUUCCAACUUUUGAGGCAAUCAGUUAUGUUUCGUGCACUAACUUAAGAAACAGGGUGGCGAAAAUAGACCAGUUUGGUGUAUCCACAUUAAAAGCAAAGCAUAUUUUAAGAAUACUAAAAAACUUGACUGAAAUCAUCAAACGUAAGUCCCUUAUUGCGGGGUCGAGUAACGAUGAAAUUCCUAUAUGGGUUCUUGCUUCCAAUUGCUUCAGUGAUUUGUCGAACAAGAUUUUCAAAUCACUUCAAGAGGAUGCGGAAAAUUCUUUAAAGGAUAAUUUUUGCGAUUUAUUCAUAAAUGUCAUCAUUACUACACUGCAAAGGAUCAACCCAGAAAUUGAUAAUCAAACCGAGAUAGACGAUUUGAAUGAAUAUUCCAAAUAUAGGGAGAUCUUGCUAGGUAAUAAAAUCAUUGAUCUAUUCAACGAAAGACAGUUAGAAAUUUUCAUUAGCGCCGUAUGGAACAGCUCGUUCUUAUAUGAAUUUGAUGAAUUGGAGAAUGCUUUAAUGAAAGAUUGUGGUACAUUUUCUGAAUUAUCGUCCAGGUUAUCUUCCUUUGAUUUUUCAAGCCUGUUCGGAUCCACUACAAAUCCUUGUUUUCUGACGAAGUAUAAGUGCUCUCUAGAAUGCUUACAAGAUUUGGUAGGUUUUAUGUUGAACUCGAACGAAAAAUUGAGAGAAUUAACCGCUCCUUACCUUUCUGCAAGGAUAGCCUUAGCUCUUAGAAGAUAUAUUUCGGAUGAAUACCUAAUUGGCCGAGCACCAAUACCAAAAUUGCGCAAAACUGAACUCGCUACUUUAUUGAAUGGGCUAUGUGAAAUUUUAAGAAUAGUUUUAGAUCAAAAUUCGAGCCUCGAUAACAAGCAAAUUGGGGUAAAAAAUUUACAAACGUUGAGUCCAUUAAUUUUAAGAACCAUUCCAGUAUCCCAUAAGAUGGAUGGGUUGCAAGACAAAGUUUUGGAACUGUCAUUGGGUUUCACGAAGCUAGAUUAG